UAGAUACAAAUUGACCAUGCAAAAGAAAUUUGUCAAAUCAAACAUUCAAACAUUAUUUAGGUGUGCAAUGGUAUAGAAAUUAAGUGAUAGAAAAUUGGACAUACAAUGACAUUACAAAAUCUGCGAUAAUUAUGCGCCUUAAGUUUGUAAGAACGCUGUUAGUGCUUGCACUGUUAGGUAAUAUCAUUGUAUGGCAUAGAAUAUGGAGGUUAUUUACAGCACAAAAUACUUUGCGGUUGUUGACACCAAGCAUGGUAACUCCUGAUCCUCCGCAGAAACUUCAUCGACGAUUAGCUCGAUUAGUAACUGUAGUCAUUCGACAGUUUGAAACAUUUGAAAAUGAUGUGACCUCCACUGUGGAAUCUGUAUUGAACUUUUUUCCUACUAUGCCUAUUUUAAUAGUAUGCAAUGAGUUACCAUAUCCACCACUCCAAUUAGAUUUUGCCAAUGAAAGCAUGCAAAAUGUUAAAUUAAUAAGUGUGGAACCAGAAUUCAAUAAAUCUUACGAUGAAAGAAAUCCACUUUUCUAUAUACGUACAAAGUACGUUUUAUUUUUGCCCGAUGGUAGCAGACUUUCUUCUAAACAAGUCAUGCAAGAUACUAUAACACAAGCAGCAAAAUUUGGCAUAGUAACUAUACCAAUAGGAAGCAUAACAUUAAAUUGCAUCAAUAUAGAUUUAAAAAUAAAAGAAUGGAGUCUUAGAUUUUCACAUACUGCAGGCAAUGAAUGUGAUAGUGUGAAUGGAAAACAUGCUACAAUGUUUGAAACAAAAUUAUUAAGGAAAUUAAGUGAUCCUUUCCUUUUACCUUUUACUGAUGCUUUGUAUAUUCAAACAACUGCAUUAAGUAUAAAGAUUCACAUAUUGUCAGAUUUUCAAUUUAAUGAAGGAAAACCAUUGUAUAGAAAUCAGCAGUCUCAAUGGAAACUGCAACAGUUGUACCAAAGCCGUGAACGAUCAAUGUUUGAAAAGCUAGGAAUUAAAAAGGUAAUAAGACUUUCCAAUUCUAUAGAAUGGUAUGGGUGUUCAAGAGAAAGUAGUAGAUGCUUUGGAUCAGUCAUAAAUGGUAUUCCAUCGUAUCUCUAUCAAAAUCGAUACACACCACCUUGCUGUCUCUCAGGAUUGAGGAAAGUUGCUCAUCAUGUAUUUGAUAAGUUAGAAGAGGUUGGUAUUCGAUUUUGGUUAGAAAGUGGAUCUUUACUUGGUGCUAUGAGAAAUGGUGACAUUCUGCCAUGGGAUCAUGAAGUACAAAUAGGAGUAAAUCGUGAUGAUCUUGAACGAUCACCAUGGUUAAUUAAAGCCAUGAACAAACCAAUUGUUGAUAAUCAUGGUUUUGUUUGGGAGAAGGCAACAGAAGGAGAAUUUUUUAAAGUACAGUAUUCUAGAAUAAAUCAUUUAACUGUAAAUGUACUUCCAUUUUAUGCAAAAAAUGGCUCUAUGGUUAAAGAUGCAUGGUUUUUAAACAAUAAAGACUUUCCAGAGCAAUUUCUUCACCCGAUGUCUACUAUUGAGUUUGCUGGUAGACAAGUGCCAUGUCCAAACAAUAUUAGGGAUUUUUUAGAAUUGAAAUAUUUCAAAGGUGUGAUAGAAAAUCCAGAGCUCCCUGGUAAAAUGUCUUUUUAGGCUUUAUAUUUAUCAAAUAUUAAUUUUGUAGCAAAUGGCAUAUGAAGUUAAUAUAAAGUAAUUCUUAUAUCUAUAAUAUACAUUAUAUAAUCAGUAACAGACUUACCUAAAAUGUAAUCAGUUUUACAUGUUUUUCAUACUACCUUAAAGUAUCCGAAUUAAUAAAUAUUAUUAAAA